AUGACAACUACAGACGAGAAGAAAACAGACAUAAACAAAUCAAGUAAUAUGGAGUCAAAAACAUUAAAAGCAAGAGUUUCUGUUUUACAACUAUUUCAAUACGCCACCUUAAAAGAAAAGCUGCUGAUAUUCAUUGCCGUUCUACUGUCAAUUCUGUCAGGCGCGAUAAAACCUCUGUCUGUUAUUUUAUAUGGCAAUUACAUUACAAAAAUCACUUUUCUUAUUCAACAAAAUCAAACAGACGAUUUACAAAACAUGACGAAGCCAUUGAUUGGAAUGAUGAUGAUAAUGGGAACUAUGACUAUAGUCGCUGGUUAUUUCUCAUCCUUAUUGUGGAUCAGAACAGGGGAAGCGCAAAUACGAAGAAUAAAAAGCCUCUAUCUUCGCUCAGUACUAAAUCAGGACAUGUGCUGGUUCGAUAAUGCUAAAGAAGGCUCGCUUAGCAUUCGAUUGUCAUCCGAUACGCAGCUUUUACAAGAGGGGAUUUCCGAGAAAUACGGAUUAUGCAUUUUACUUGUGUCACAAUUCAUUUCAGGUUUUAUUGUUGCUUUUUAUACAGAUUACAAAAUGUCGCUUAUCACGCUGUCUACAUUUCCUUUGUUGGGUGCUAUAUGUUAUCUUUUGAUAAGAUUCGCAAAGAAGUAUGCGAUGCAAGCUCAAUUUGCGUAUGGAAAAGCAAGCACAGUUGUAGAACAAGCACUUCAAUCGAUUCGCACCGUUUAUUCUUUUACACUUCAAGCGAGAUUCUUGAAGCUUUAUGAAGCCAAGUUGAAAGAGAACUAUCGAUUUUUUGUCAAACAAAAUGUUGUUUUAGGUGGUGGCGUUGCUUUUUUUAUGCUCUUCUUUUUUAGUUCACUUGCAUUGGCACUUUGGUACGGUGCUCAUCUUGUCCAGGAAAACAAAUCAACAGGGGCUUCUGUCUUGAUUGUCUUUCUUUCCAUGGUCAGAGGGUGUACCUCACUUACUGAUUUGCCUGGAAAUCUAACACCAGUUAUUACAGCUUGUGGAGUUGCUCAUAAAAUAUUCGAAAUUAUUGAUCAAGCGCCAACUAUCAUAGACGGUAAAACCAAAAUGAUACCAUCUCAAGUCAAAGGUGCUAUUGAUUUGAACAACGUUGUUUUUUCGUAUCCUUCUCGACCCGAUAUAUGCAUAUUAAAGAACAUCUCCAUUCAUAUAUCACCUGGCACGACAGUAGCCUUUGUAGGUUCUUCAGGAUCCGGCAAAUCAACUAUUACACAACUGAUUCAAAGACUAUACGAUCCUGAAGAGGGCUCUAUCACGCUUGACGGCAUUGAUUUACGAGAUCUAAAUGUGAAAUGGUUACGAGAAACUAUAGGCAUUGUCAACCAAGAGCCAGUUUUGUUUAACACAACUAUUCGACAAAAUAUCCUUAUGGGCAGUCGUCCUGAGAAAAUAUGUUCAGAAAAAGAAAUGAUUUGGGCAUGUAAAGAGGCCAAUUGUCACGAAUUCAUCUCCCAGUUGCCAAUGGGAUACGAUACCAUCGUGGGCGAUCAAGGUUGUAUGCUUUCUGGUGGUCAAAAGCAACGUAUUGCCAUCGCUAGAGCCAUUCUAAAAAAUCCAAGCAUCUUGAUCUUGGAUGAGGCCACUUCAGCACUUGACAUGGAAUCCGAGAGCCAAGUUCAGAAUGCCCUUGAUCAAGCUUCUGUUUCACGAACUACAAUCGUUAUUGCACAUCGUCUAACAACAGUCAUGAAUGCGGACAUGAUAUUUGUACUAGAGCAAGGAAAAAUUAUGGAAUAUGGAAAGCACCAAGAACUGAUAGAAAAAAGAGGAUUAUAUUCUCAGUUAGUCAAUAACCAACUCAUUCAUAGAAACCGAGACACAAAUGGCCGUAAAGAUAGUAAUAUGACAGUUGUACAAGACUCAAGCCAGAGAAACUUCAAAAACAAUGACGAUAUACAUCAGAGUCAAGAUAGCUUGCUUUCAGACAAGACAGGUGAUUCAAAACACACAGUAUUUGAGAAAGUAAUAGACAAGGAAUACAAGAACCUACCCUUUAUCAAGCAAAAAAAGAAAGCGACAUCAUCUACGUUGAAGACGCUACGAAACAUGCGUCCAGAAUGGCCAAUGAUGGCAGCAGGUGCUUUAGGAGCAAUUUUGGAAGGCUGUAUCCUACCACUAUAUGCUUAUUCUUUUUCAACCAUUACUGCUGUUCUUUAUAAUCCAGUUCACUUUGAUCAAUCCCAACCAGUUGUAUUUCAAGGAGCCAAUAUGUAUUCUUUUAUUUUGGUUAUUGUAGGUAUUACUGCAUUUAUCGGAAGUGGGUUGAAUAGUGUUUGCUUUUCCCUAAGUGAAGGAAAAUACGCAUAUCGCCUACGGCAUCUAUUGUUCGCAACUUAUAUGAAACAAGAAGUUGGGUUUUUUGAUACUCAAGAGAACAACAUUGGAUCAUUAACAAAGAAGCUGGCUACUGACGCACUGGAUGCAGGGAAGAUUAUCACACGGGUUUGGAGUGAUUUGAUUGUUCUUAUGUCAGCACUCAUUGUUGGCCUAUCAAUUGCAUUUGUCCAUAGUUGGGAGUUAUCUCUGAUUGUGUUUGGAAUGGCCCUGGUAAUUGCUGCUGCCAAUGCGUAUGAUACACAAGUGGAGAAACGUUUUCAAGAGAAAAUGAAGCUUGCAAACACAGAUAGUAACAAAAUAGCCGUUGAAGCCAUUAGAGAAGCAAGGACAGUAACACGACUCAAUAGACAACAUGUAUUUGAAAAAUUAUAUCAUGAAGCAACAGAAUACCCACACCAACUCGCGAUUAAAAAAGCCUAUUUUUCUUGCAUUGGAUUUGCUCUUUUAAGAGGUAUCACGAUUUAUACAAAUGCAGUUGGAUUCUAUGCAGGUGCACGGCUCAUUACAAAUGGGAACAUCAAUUUUCAGCAAUUGUUUACGAGUAUCACAGUAUUAAUGACAGCAGCUGAAAAAGUAGGACAAAAACUGACAUUUGCAUCGAAUUUUGCAAGAGGAAAAGCAGCUAGUUUGGCCGUCGAUGAGAUUUUGGAUCGACCUUUACUGAUAGACGAUACGUUAGAAGGUCUGGAACCUGAGUCUAUCAAGGGAAAUUUUAAGUUACAAGAUGUUGCAUUUGCUUAUCCUAGUCGACCUAAUGCGCCUGUCUUCAAUGGCGAUUUCCAUCUAGAGGGCCGCGCAGGUCAGACUAUUGCUCUUGUAGGCCCUUCUGGCUGCGGCAAGUCUACUACCAUCGGUAUGAUGCAGCGUUGGUACGAUCCUGUCAAGGGCACAGUGUCUUUGGAUGACCAUAACGUCAAGUCUUACUCUGUCUACAACCUACGCCAACACCAAGCCCUGGUCUCGCAAGAGCCUAUCCUGUUUGACAUGUCGAUAGGCGAGAACAUCCGCUUCGGUAUUGACGAACACAAGCAAGUGACUCAGGAGCAAGUAGAAGAAGCAUGCAGAGCUGCCAACAUCCAUAGCUUUAUUGCUAGUCUUCCUGACGGUUACGAUACCCGUGUCGGCGACAAAGGCUCUCAGCUCUCGGGAGGCCAAAAGCAGCGUAUUGCAAUUGCGCGUGCUCUGAUUCGCAAGCCUAAGGUGCUGUUGCUUGACGAAGCGACUUCUGCACUGGAUAGUGAGAGCGAGCGACUUGUGCAAGAAGCGCUGGACAACAUUUUGCAAGAAGGAGGCAGGACAACAAUCACGAUUGCCCACCGGUUGUCUACAAUCAAGAAUGCAGACCUUAUCUGCGUGGUCAAGGAUGGCCAAGUGAUUGAACAAGGCACCCAUUUUGAAUUAUUAGAACUGAAUGGAAUUUAUAGUGAUAUGGUCCAAAAGCAAUCUCUUGACUCGAAUUAA